CCUUUGACUAAGGAGUGUCGAGGUGGAGAAAGACGGAUUCAAUGUUUGUUUUUGUUUUUUUAUUUCUUUAGGCAGAACUUCGAACACGAUAAUGACCCUGAAUUCUGCAGGUGACAUUUUUUAAAACCAAAGACUGAAGGAAGUCUUUCCACAGGGUCUCUGUGUCAUUAUUGUUGUUGUUGUUGUUGUUGUUGUUGUUGUUGUUGUUGUUGUCCAUCCUGACCAUUGCAUUGAUCUAACGUCACGUGCUGAGCCCUGUCCAAACCAGUCAGUCAGUGCUACGUACAGAUGAUAUGGACAUGCAGGUCAAUACUGAUCAUCAGACUCUGAUCAUUUAAUCUUUGCACCAAAGUGGUUCGUAGACUGUUAGUCUGACAACUUGUGUCCACUUUUGAAUUCCGAUAUGGAAAACAUGUCCGUCCCCGGUGCACCGCCGGUCUGUAACCACUCUGUGGACUUCUACUCCCUGACAUCUGGGAACAGCACGGACCUGAACUGCACUCCUCCGCCCGAGUUUUACUUCUACGCCGAUCUCUACGUCAUUUUGCCGAUCAUCUACUCUGUGAUCUGUGCCGUGGGACUGACGGGCAACACGGCUGUGAUCUACGUGAUCCUCAAGGCCCCCAAGAUGAAAACAGUCACCAACAUGUUCAUCCUCAACUUGGCCAUCGCCGACGACCUCUUCACCCUGGUUCUUCCCAUCAACAUAGCCGAACACCUCCUGCACUACUGGCCGUUUGGUGAGAUUCUGUGUAAGGUCAUUCUCAGCAUUGACCACUACAACAUCUUCUCCAGCAUCUACUUUUUGACAGUCAUGAGCAUCGACCGUUACCUGGUGGUCUUGGCCACGGUGAGCUCCAAGCGCAUGCCUUACCGCACCUACCGAGCGGCCAAAAUCAUCUCCUUGUGCGUGUGGAUCCUGGUCAUACUCAUCGUCAUGCCUUUCACUGUUUUCGCCGGCGUCGACCCAAACGACGAGAGGAAGAGCUGCGUGCUCAUAUUCCCCAGCCCUGAGGGUUCAUGGUUCAAAGCCAGCCGGAUCUACACGCUAAUCCUGGGCUUCGCCAUCCCAGUCUCCACCAUCUGUAUCCUCUACACCAUGAUGCUGUACAAGCUGAGGAACAUGAGGCUCAACAGCAACGCCAAGGCCCUGGACAAGGCCAAGAAGAAAGUCACCGUCAUGGUGUUCAUAGUGUUGGCCGUCUGCCUGUUCUGUUGGACCCCGUUCCACCUCAGCACCAUCGUGGCUCUGACCACAGACCUGAGAAGCACGCCCCUGGUGAUUGGCAUCUCCUACUUCAUAACUAGCCUGAGCUACGCUAACUCCUGCCUCAACCCUUUCCUCUACGCUUUUCUGGAUGACAGCUUCAGAAAAGCCUUUAAGAAGAUGUUGGAGUGCCGACCCACCUGAGGCUCUGAGGCGAUGAAUAAUGAAAGACUGUCGUUCAGAUUGAACAUCUCUCUGUGUGUGUACAGCAGACCCUACAGUUUGAAUUAGAACAAGCUGCACCAGGCAAACUGCACAUGGAAGCAACAGGUUCUCACAAUAAAUGAUAACUAGGGAUGUCCGAUAUUAUUUAUUUAUGCCGAUAUCUGUUAUGCCGAUAUUGUCGAAACACUUAAUUUCGAUACCAAUAAAGACCUGGUAAUAUUUAUUUAUUUGUCUGUACAAACCACUGUAUGGGUAUGAGAUUAAUUAUAUGAGCUGCAUUGCUGCCAUCUAGUGACUUUCACUUUUAUAUACAGGAAAACUGAUACCGAUUCUUACAGAUAUUACAUAAUAUGCUAACAUCGGACAUCCCUAAUGAUAACACAAUACAAUAUUUUCAAAGAUAAACUAAAGGGAUGUGAGACUAUAGCAACAUCUUAGCACUGCACCACUGUAGCUCCAGGGGUUUUUAACGCCAUCAAUCUCUCAGUAACUGCAAAACAGAAGAAACCAAAUUGAGAAAAAGAAAAAUCAACUUGUGUUAAUGCUUGCUUCUAAUUUUGCCGAGUGCGACUUGUGGAGGAUGGAGGUGAAGGAGUUGUGUUGAGUCCAAAGAACGAAGAAGGAGACAGAGCACUUGACAUUUACACGACGUACAGCUCAAAUGACACGAGACUUUUGCAUGUUAUCAAUCAACAUAUUCAACAGACGCACUGUUUGUUUGUUUUUGUAUGCAAAACAAUAUGUUUCUAUUGAGCAUGUCAUGGGAGAAAAUCUGAAAAUCUGUGGAGCUUUUCAAGGUCUUAUUUACGUUUGAAUAAAAUGACAAAUAAUAUAUUUGCAACAGACAUGAACUAAUCCAUAACAAUGUCUCGAGUUUGGUAUAUUGUGAUUGGAAACAACAUAAUAGGAAGUUCAUUAUUUGUAAACCACGUUCA